AUGUUGCCCACUUUUGAUCUCUUCUAUUCCCACUUCGAAAACGUGGACAUUGGGUCAGUUCGAGUGCACCAGUUACGUGGUCAAUCAACAACUCCAGGUGGUACAGUCGGAUCUGUUACGCGUCCCCCCAGUCUGUCACGAAUAACCGGUUGGACGGUACACAUAUGGUUGCUUUUCUCUGCUCCUGGAUCGAAGACAUUUCCUGUGACACAAAUUGAAGAUCCGACUAUCCCGGAAAAACAAACCAGCGCUAAGACAGCUGACGCCAGCUCGACUUCGGGAUAUGUAUUAAAAAAGGGAGCUUUGGAGGUCUGUGGUUCGAGCCCGACCUCUGCCUCUCGGCUUCCCCUGUGUAAGUUUGGGCAGCCUGGCAGUAUUCCAGCCCUCGUGCUUCAUUCGGGUGGCAUGGUAGUUUGGCACCGAAAGGGUGCUAUAGCUGGACGAUUUUUCAAUCUUGUAGACCACUCAAAUGGCUUGUUUUUUUUGGUCGAAUGCUCCAGCCAGAUUUCCAUUCAUACUGCAAAAGAAUUGACUGACAAAAUCUGGCGAGAUAGCUCAAGUGGUCAGAGCGCGAAUUUAUUGACCGGAAAGUCCGUGGUUCGAACCCGACCUCUGCAUCUCGUUUUCACCUGUCUAGGUUUGGGCAGCCUGACAGUAUCCCAACCCUUGUACUUUCUUUGGGUGGCAAGGCAGUUAGGCUCCGAGAGGGUGUUACAGCUGAAUGAUUUUUCCCCUAACAGGAAAAAGAUAACCAACGAUCAAGGUAGUCUGUCCAGAGGGGUGCACAGCGAUCCACAAUUUUUCCACCACAUUAAGCGGUCUCCGUUGUCCGUGCGUCUCGUGUCCAAACCAAGACGACCACCCAAUCGGGCCUCAGCAGCGCUUAGCCAACCUACCUGGGAGUUCAUAUCACCAGCAACCACAACGACAUCUGAGCCUGAUGUUGUUGGAAAUUCGUCGACAGCCCACGAGCGGUUUCGCCCUUCUUGGGGCUUAUCACGUAGGCGCAGUCCCCGAGUUUCCGUCAACCUUAUGUUUUACUUGAACCCAAGUUGGAAUACACUCAUUCGCAAAUCAAUUUGUUUUUCCGAAAGACUCACCUGGAAAUUGGUGUAUUUCGCUAAUAGCUGCUUCUCCUAG